AUGAUGAUGAUACGGUACCUGAUCUCCCUUUUAGGGCUAUUACUUCAUAUCAAUCUUUCUCUCGCUGAAAGCUGUUGGAGAAACACAUCCUGUACUGGACCAGCAGAUACUGCGUUUCCAGGCAUCUGGGAAAAGAAUAUCUAUGCACCCGCAUCUAGAGUAGUAAAGCCCAAAAAGAUAAUCGAGGCAACUGGCUCUUCAGAUUAUCAACACUCCUCAAAGGCCACUCUAUCCGGGAAUGGUUCUCAGAUCAUUUUCGAUUUCGGCAUCGAAGUCGGCGGUAUCAUCACCGUGGACUACACUUCUACUACUGGCAAAGGCGCCUUGGGUCUAGCUUUUACCGAAGCGAAGAACUGGGUAGGCGAAUGGUCGGAUUCUUCCAGUGGAAACUUCGAGCACCCCGACGGAGCAUUAUACCAACAGAUAGCAAGCCCCGGUAAGGGACAAUAUGUCAUGCCAGAUAAAUACUUGCGCGGAGGAUUCAGGUACAUGACAGCCUUUCUUGUGACGAAUGAAUCCACCACCGCCGUUGACAUCAACGACGUGAGCUUGGAGAUCGCGUUUCAACCUACCUGGGCCAAUCUUCGUGCUUAUCAGGGAUAUUUCCACUCCAAUGAUGAGCUGCUUAAUCGGAUUUGGUAUAGUGGCGCUUAUACUCUACAAACAAAUGCGGUUCCUGUGAACACGGGGCGUCAGGUGCCAUUUACAAGCUCUGGGUGGGCGAAUGAUGGCAUCAUUGGACCUGGAGAUACUAUAAUUGUCGAUGGAGCCAAGAGAGAUCGCGCGGUGUGGCCAGGUGAUAUGGGCGUCGCUGUCCCUUCGACAUUUGUAAGCAUUGGAGAUCUUGACAGCGUGAAGAAUGCUCUUCAGGUGAUGUAUAACACACAGGACAAAACAACCGGGGCAUUCGAUGAAUCCGGUCCACCGUUAAGUCAGAAAGGAUCAGAUACCUACCACAUGUGGUCUAUGAUUGGAACAUAUAAUUAUGUUCUUUUCACGAACGACACUGGCUUUCUCCAACGCAACUGGAAUGGCUACCUCAAGGCCAUGAACUACAUUUAUUCGAAGGUAGAUUAUGAAAGUGGCCUGUUGAAUGUGACUGGUACUAGCGACUGGGCACGGUGGCAGCAGGGUUAUAAUAACUCUGAGGCACAGAUGAUUCUUUAUCACACCUUGAACACGGGCAGCGAGCUUGCUGAGUGGGCAGAUGAUACGACAGGUUUGGCGUCUACCUGGAGAUCCAGAGCCGAAGGAUUGAAAAAGGCCAUAAACACCUAUUGCUUCGAUAGCCAGUACGGGGCGUUUAAGGACAAUGCUACUAUGACAUCUCUGCACCCACAAGACGCAAAUAGUCUUGCCCUCCUGUUCGGAGUCGUUGGUAGCGAUCGUGCAAACAGUAUUUCUCAACGGCUGACUGAAAAUUGGACUCCUAUCGGUGCUGUGGCUCCAGAACUACCGGAGAAUAUAUCGCCGUUCAUCUCCUCGUUCGAAAUCCAGGGCCAUUUCAUCGUUGGCGAGACAGAACGGGCUCUCGAGCUGAUCCGACGCAGUUGGGGCUGGUAUAUCAACAACCCGAACGGGACCGAGAGUUCUGUCAUCGAAGGAUAUCUGCAGAAUGGUACCUUUGGCUAUCGUUCUGAUCGCGGAUACGAUUAUGAUGCUUCUUAUACGUCUCAUUCUCAUGGAUGGUCAUCGGGUCCAACUUCUGCAUUGACGAAUUAUGUCCUUGGACUGUCUGUUGUAUCACCGUCGGGAUCAACUUGGAGACUGGCCCCUCAAUUCGGCGAUUUGCAGUCAGUUGAAGGAGGUUUCGUCACAUCCCUAGGGAAAUUCCAGGCUUCCUGGAGGAAGACUGGCUCAGAGGGAUACGUUUUGGACUUCAACGUACCGAAAGGGACAAAAGGAGAUGUGAUCGUUCCCCUUGCAAAGGGAAAUGGUAAGUCCAGGGUGGAGAUGGAUGGUAGACAGGUCUCCAACUCUACGUCCAGUGACGCCACAGUCACAAUGACCAUCCACACUGGCGGAUCGCAUCAGAUUGUUGUUAGUUGA